GCAGCCGUGACGCGGCGAUAUUUUGGACAGAAAGGACUCCAAGAAUCGAGUUUGCAGAGAAUGUUUAUUUGUGUGUUCGACUCUAAUUUCCAAUUUUCUAUCUAGACGAGCGUUUGAAGGGGCACAUCUGGGAAAAUUUUGUUGCAUGGCAAAACCUCAAAGAGUGCCCGGGAUCUUGGCCCUUGUUGCACUAGGAGUCACGGCGUGUAUCGCGCUAAGGGCCCUCUCUCGGUAUACGAGCCUUGUGGCGUUUCAAUCCUCAAGCAAAACAACUCAAAGAACAAACGUUUUGAUCAUCGCACAUGGAAGAACAGGGUCUUCAUUUCUAGGACAGAUUUUCAACAGCCAUCCUGAAGUGUUUUACAUCUACGAACCUUUGAUCACAUUCCAACUCACGUCCAUGCGUACCUCGAGUUUGUACGAGUAUGCAGCGAUGAGACUGCUACACGACAUCUUCAAAUGCAGGUUCAAGCAACAAACAGAGUUUUUGUCGUUCAUGUCUCAAUUCCAGCUGAAUCGCUUCUCCAGCCGUGCCUUGACUACGCCCUAUUGUAAAACUAUAACAAAUGCGAGAAAUAACCGGACUUUCAUACAUUGCAAAGACUUGGAUCCUCUUAUCACAUCACUUUCCUGCGCGCUUCACGGACACACGGUUGUCAAGGUCCUGGCCCAUCGCUUACCCUCUCUUGAGGUAGAUCGUCUUGAGCCUCUGCUUUCCUCGGGUGGCGGUAUAUUGAAGAUCAUUCAGUUAAUGCGCGACCCAAGAGCUGUGAUUGCCUCUAUGGACCGAGUAGGCUGGAGUUUAAACAAGUCGGCUAUCAACACAGCCGCUACCAACUUCCCUCUUUUUACAACUCUUGUGCAAAAGUUCUGUUCGAGUACGAUACAAUCUCUUCGUUUCGCUCUGUCGGCUGAGGGAAGGCUACCCGAUCGUUACAGGCUUCUUCGAUACGAAGACCUUGUUAGCUCACCGUUAAACGCUUCACAAGAAUUGUUUGAUUUCGCUGGCAUUCUAAUGACAGAUCAAGUGAGAAAGUAUUUAGUCAACGGUACGAAUCAGUCACGUGACCGUGGAUACACUCACGAGUAUGGCACGCUUAGGAAUAACGCAUCUAACCUGGUAGAUGCUUGGAGGACUCUCCUCAGCGCGGAAGCCGUCCGCGCAGUGGAAUCGCAUUGCUGGCCAGUGCUGGAAAUAUUAGGAUACACUCCCGUGUUCAGUCGCGCUUUACUAGACAGGUGAGUGAAACAAGCCUGACAG